AUGUUAACUGCCCACAUGAUCAACCAGCAUGUUCGCUACCUGCGAAAGCAUCUUGAUAAACUGGGGCCAUCCUCAGCUCCGUUUGAUACUAGCAGGAUUACUCUGCUCUUUUUUGCCGUUUCUGGAUUAGACUUGCUCAAUCACCUUAAUGAUUUGUCCGAUGAAACAAAGAAAGAAAUUAUUGAAUGGAUUUAUUUGCAACAACUACAACCUUCAAGUGAAAGCAGUCCCACUCUAGAGGGUCAGUUUGGCUUUCGAGGAUCUCCGACCAAUGGAUCCAAGUCUUCUCAGGACUUUUGCAAUCUUGCAAUGACUUAUUGUGCCUUAUCAACUCUAAUCAUUCUUGGUGACGAUCUUAGUCGCGUUAAUCGUUCUGCUAUUAUUCGUGGGCUAAAAGAAUAUCAAAAGGAAGAUGGAAGAUUUAUUCAAGCGCUGAUUGAGGAAGAGAAUGAUCUUCGAAUUACUUAUUGCGCUGCGACCAUAUGCUAUAUCCUCGAUGACUGGUCAAGCGUCAAUAAGGAAACCAUGUUCCAGUUUAUCAAGAGUUGUCAGAAUUAUGAAAAUGGCUUUGGCCAAAGCCCUGGUACUGAAUCACAUGGUGGACCGACAUUCUGCGCUAUUGCUUCAUUGUUUUUGAUGGGAAAGCUGGACGAUUUAGAGGCUCACGAAAAGAAUGACAUUGUGAAGUGGUGUCUGUUUCGACAAAUCUCUGGUUUUCAGGGAAGACCUUACAAAGAUCCGGACACUUGUUAUUCCUUCUGGGUGGGCGCUUCGUGCGCUCUGCUAAAAGCGUUUCCCUUAAUUAACGACAAAGAAAACGUUGAGUUUCUUGACUCUGCUCAAGAGAUAAUGAUUGGAGGCUUCUGCAAAUAUCCAAAUACAUAUCCAGGUAAAAUAUUUUGCAUACUUUUAUGGGUAUCAGCGCUCUAUCUCUUCGUGUCUACAGUGAAGUAA